CAGAACUACACACCGGGCGAAUCCACCAGCGCCACCAAGCCCUUGAAAACCCGAGGCCGCCGCGCGACUCCAUUUCCCAGCGCCCCGCGCGGCGGGGGCUUGGACGUUGCCGAGGAGACCGGUGGUGGCCCCGCCUCCACGCAGGGACACAGGAGGGAACCACAUGACCCGGAAGGCUGUACGCAAGCGUCCGCGGCGCGCACUGGGCCAAUGAGAACCGAAGGGCUGGACUUCCGGCGGUGGGACUGUCACUUCGCCGCCCGCGUCAGGCCACACUGGUGGUCUGGGCUGGGGCCCGCGGGUCGGGUCCGGUUUCCAGGAGGUUCCCGGGUCCCGAGGCUGGCGGCGAGGAAGGACCAGAUGGCCUUUGAGGAUGUGGCCGUGUACUUCUCCCAGGAGGAGUGGGGGCUCCUGGACACAGCCCAGAGGGCCCUGUACCGUCGCGUGAUGCUAGACAACUUUGCGCUUGUGGCCUCACUGGGACUCUCCACCUCUCGACCUCGUGUGGUCAUCCAACUGGAGCGUGGCGAGGAGCCCUGGGUUCCCAGUGGAACGGACACGACCCUGUCGAGGACCACCUACAGGAGGCGCAACCCUGGUUCCUGGAGUUUGACAGAGGAUGAAGAUGUUUCUGGAGAAUGGCCACGAGCUUUCCCAGAUACCCCACCUCGGAUGACUACUAGCGUCUUCCCCGUUGCCGGUGCCUGCCACAGUGUAAAAAACCUUCAAAGACAGCGGGGUGCCUCCCCAUCUCGGGAGAGAAAACCCACAGGGGUGUCGGUGAUCUACUGGGAGAGGCUCCUGCUAGGCUCAGGCAGUGACCAGGCCAGCGUCAGCCUGCGACUGACCUCCCCGCUUAGGCCUCCCGAGGGCGGCCAGCUUAGGGAAAAGACACUCACAGAGCAUGCGUUGCUUGGGAGACAGCCCAGGACGCCUGAGCGGCAGAAGCCAUGUGCACAGGAGGUCCCUGGGAGAGCCUUUGGGAGCGCCCAGGACCUGGAGGCUGCCAGCGGUCGGGGGCAUCACCGAAUGGGUGCGGCUUGGCAGGAGCCUCAUAGACUCCUUGGUGGCCAGGAGCCCUCGACCUGGGACGAGCUGGGCGAGGCUCUUCACGCUGGGGAGAAGUCCUUCGAAUGCAGGGCAUGCAGCAAAGUGUUCGUGAAGAGCUCCGACCUCCUCAAGCACCUACGCACCCACACCGGGGAGCGGCCCUACGAGUGCGCCCAGUGCGGCAAGGCCUUCAGCCAGACGUCGCACUUGACGCAGCACCAGCGCAUCCACAGCGGCGAGACGCCCUACGCGUGCCCCGUGUGCGGCAAGGCCUUCCGGCAUAGCUCCUCACUGGUGCGGCACCAGCGCAUCCACACGGCCGAGAAGUCCUUCCGCUGCUCCGAGUGCGGCAAGGCCUUCAGCCACGGCUCCAACCUCAGCCAGCACCGCAAGAUCCACGCGGGCGGGCGUCCUUAUGCCUGCGCACAGUGUGGCCGCCGCUUCUGCCGCAACUCGCACCUGAUCCAGCAUGAGCGUACGCACACGGGCGAGAAGCCCUUUGUGUGCGCGCUCUGCGGUGCCGCCUUCAGCCAGGGCUCCUCGCUCUUUAAACACCAGCGCGUGCACACAGGCGAGAAGCCCUUCGCCUGCCCACAGUGUGGCCGCGCCUUUAGCCACAGCUCCAACCUCACCCAGCACCAGCUCCUGCACACGGGCGAGCGGCCUUUCCGCUGCGUGGACUGUGGCAAGGCCUUCGCCAAGGGCGCUGUGCUGCUCAGCCACCGGCGCAUUCACACAGGCGAGAAGCCCUUCGUGUGCACGCAGUGUGGUCGCGCCUUCCGUGAGCGCCCGGCCCUCUUCCACCACCAGAGGAUCCAUACCGGCGAGAAGGCGGUCCGGCGAUCCAGGGCCAGCAUGCACCCCCAGGCCAGGUCUGUUUCCGGGGCAUCAUCAGAAGGUGCACUAGCGAAGGAAACCAAGCCCACUCCCGUCUCGGGCCCAGCCGCCGUCUCGCAGCCAGCGGAGGUCUGAGGUCACAGAUUGCAGCCCUAGCCUUCUGUGAAUUCCUUCCACAGCUAAAGGGCGUAUGUCCUCUGCAGAUUCACAGCAGAGAAAAAGUCCCGUGCUUGCUAGUCAGGGACAAGGGAGGCCCUUUGGCUGUGAUUUCAUUUGCACGUGGGGACAGUUCACCCACAGAUCACACCUCCAUCCCCAAAGAGGUAGCACUGCAGAAACAUCAGGGGGAGGAUGUGAUGGCUGAACUCUAGUGGGGCCUGUUCAGAGCCAGUAGGAGGCCGACAGUCACAGCACUGCACUGUGGUGCUGCUUCAUGUGAUACGACAGUGGAUGCUAAGGUGAGAGGGAUGCGGGCAUGGGUUGGGGGUGGCCCAGAGAAACUUAUGACAGCUGUACACAAACUGGCCGCUGGAUAGAUGCCCGCUGAGGGUAUUCUCCUCCCCUCAACCUACUGCCUCUGUUCAUCCAAGGCUUCCUAGGGACCAGCCUAGCAGACAAGAGACCACAAGGGACUGGGGAUUAGGAUCUGGGCUCUGAUUGUCAGCCGCCACCUCUGGGAAAAAGAAAAGGUUUGGGUCCACUGAACAUCAUGUUUGUAGACACUGACAGGCGGGGUCCUAAUGAGAGCCAACACGUGCUCACUGCCAGCUCCCGUCCUGAGUACUGGGAAAUUUCUGAAGCCCUGUGAGAUGGCUCUGUGGCUAGUAUCCUGACUUGGAAGAUGAGGAAACUGAGGCACGGCCUGGCCUGGCUUCACACACACAGCCAACUCAGGAGAGGGAUGCCCAUGGGGGAACAUGUGACUCUCAGCAUUGUAAGGACAGAGCUAGGAUGAUGGCUUUCCAGUGGCACUCGUUCAGGUUUUUGCCCAAGUCUCAGCUUGGCCAAGGCCGAUCACUGACUCAUUUACCAAAGUUGAUGUGAGGAGGAGCCUUUAUACCUGAGGGGAUGAUGUUAACUUCAAACAAGAUGGAGCUGCUCAUUUUUGCCGGGUUUGGUGGCCACUCCCCCGCCCAACCCUGUUUCACCCCCAUUAUCCCUCAAUUGGAAGCUGGACAGAGCUGAAUAGGAAGGACUUGCUAUUGCCUAAGGCUAUGUGUGACACCCUCCUGAGGACCUCCCCACCCCAGUGUAAUGGCCCUUCAUGGCAGAGACAGAAGGGUGGACUGGGGGCCAUUUGCUUCCUGUGGCCUUCAGCAGACCAGUCCCUGUCCCUACCUGGAGCCUCACUUCCAAGGAAAUUCAUGUUCUCCUUAAUGGGAAAAAAAAAAAAAAAAAAACUACCAUCUGCAACUGAGAGUAGAUGUUGCAGUUUCCUGUACAGCAGUUUGGACCUCCAGAGCACAGCCUCUUGUCCCUACUCCAGAGCAUGGUUCAGUCUUAACAGUUGAAGAGCUUCUCUGAUAAAGGUUUCUUUUUAAA